AUCAUUAUAAUCUUGACAUAAGUGUACAAUAUUUUUCUUUAUAUAGGACACACAUAGUAGACACACAUAUAACUUCGACCACUAGAGCUUAAAUGGAGUUUAAACAGUUAUCUUGUUUAAUUGUACUAUGUUUGACUCUUAUAAAAAUUAAUGCUUCCCAAUCAGGAGAAGGAUAUUGGAAAUCUAUUUGGCCAAACACUCCUAUGCCGAAGACUCUCUUAGACUGGCAGAUUGUGUCCGAGAGUGAAACUACAGCAGCCAUUAGAGAUCAAGAAGAGAAGGAAGAUUGGACAGCAUUUUUUGAACAUGACCUCUAUCCUGGAAAAAAAAUGACUUUAGGCGUCCACAAGCCUUUUGAUAGGCAACCGUUACCAUCAAAGCUGGCACGGCUGCCUAUCAGAAAAACAAAUCAAGAUUUUGGGUCUCACACACAAGAUGAAGUAAAGCAACCUUUGGGAACAUGGAUAUGGAGUGAAAGACAUAGCAUUGAAAGCUUCUGUGCGACCCCGUCAGCUAUAGGAGAAGACAAGUAUUGCGCACCAUCACUAAAAUUAAUGAUGGAUUUUGCGAUUUCAAAGCUUGGAAAAAAUAUUAAGGUGAUUUCAAGUUCGUUUUCCCAAAAUCAAGAUCAAUAUAUGGUAGAGGAAGUGAAAAAAAUCGGAGACAAAGCAGUUAUGUGUCAUAGAUUAAAUUUCAACAAAGUUGUAUUUUAUUGUCACGAAGUCAAUGCAACAACAACUUACAUUGUUCCAUUGGUUGCCUUUGAUGGAACUAAAGCUAAGGCACUAACAAUAUGCCACCAUGAUACAAGAGGUAUGGAUCCUAAAGUGCUUCAUCAAGUUCUUAAAGUUAAACCUGGAACAAUUCCUAUAUGUCAUUUUAUUGGCAAUAAGGCUGUUGCUUGGGUACCUAAUCAUGUUGUAAGUGAGCCAUAUGACCACCCUUGUGUCAUAUAGACUCUAUCCAGCAGUAAAUGCAUAUUAUAUUAUAGUAGUAUAUGCAUACUAUUUCUAAUCAUUUUCAUUUCUCAAAAAAAAAAAAAAAUUCUAAUCAUUUUCACAUCAAAAUCAAGCACAAUAGUUAAGGAUUUGCAACUUUGUGGGCCACUCAUGUUCAAACACGUUUUCGUUUAAGAAGUGUAUAAGGAAUAAUGUGACAUGUAUGCUAUUGGGCCCUUUUAAGUUUUUAAGUUAUUAAU